CUGGGCCUGGGCGCCGGGAGUGGCCGGCUCGGCAGCGCCGGCGAUGGCCCUGCUGCCGGUGCUCCUCGCCUCCUGGAGCCUGGAGCAGUGACGGGGCCGGCGGGCGAGGGCGAGGUGGUCGCGGGCGCCAUGGAGGGGGUGCUGUAUAAGUGGACCAACUAUCUGAGCGGUUGGCAGCCUCGGUGGUUCCUUCUCUGUGGGGGGAUAUUAUCUUACUAUGAUUCUCCUGAAGAUGCCUGGAAAGGUUGCAAAGGGAGCAUCCAGAUGGCAGUCUGUGAAAUCCAAGUUCAUUCUGUAGAUAACACACGCAUGGAUCUGAUCAUCCCUGGGGAACAAUAUUUCUACCUGAAGGCCAGAAGUGUGGCUGAGAGACAGCGGUGGCUGGUAGCCUUGGGGUCAGCCAAGGCUUGCCUGACAGACAGUAGGACCCAGAAGGAGAAAGAAUUUGCUGAAAACACUGAAAACUUGAAAACCAAAAUGUCAGAGCUAAGACUCUACUGUGAUCUUCUUGUUCAGCAAGUAGAUAAAACAAAAGAAGUGACCACAACUGGCGUGUCCAGUUCUGAGGAGGGAAUUGAUGUGGGAACUCUGCUGAAAUCAACCUGUAACACUUUUCUCAAGACUUUGGAAGAAUGCAUGCAGAUUGCAAACGCAGCCUUCACUUCUGAGCUGCUCUACCGCACACCUCCAGGGUCACCUCAGCUGGCUAUGCUCAAGUCCAACAAGAUGAAACAUCCUAUUGUACCGAUUCAUAAUUCAUUGGAAAGGCAAAUGGAGUUAAACAGUUGUGAAAAUGGAUCUUUAAAUAUGGAAAUAAAUGAUGAUGAAGAAAUCCUAGUGAGAAACAAGAGCUCCUUAUGUUUGAAACCUGCGGAGACAGAUUGCAGCAUAUCAAGUGAAGAAAAUACAGAUGAUAAUGUAACAGUCCAAGGUGAAAUGAUGAAGGAAGAUGGAGAGGAAAGCCUGGGAAAUCAUGACAGCGACUUGGCACAGCCUGAAUUGCACUCCACAAACAGCUCUCCAGAAUCCCAUUGGGAAGAAGACCAAGAAGUCAUCCCAACUUUCUUUAGUACCAUGAACACCAGCUUUAGUGACAUUGAACUUCUGGAAGACAGUGGCAUUCCCACAGAAGCAUUCUUAGCAUCAUGUUAUGCUGUGGUUCCAGUAUUAGACAAACUUGGCCCUACGGUGUUUGCUCCUGUUAAGAUGGAUCUAGUUGGAAAUAUUAAAAAAGUGAACCAGAAGUAUAUUACCAACAAAGAAGAGUUUACCACACUCCAGAAGAUAGUGCUACACGAAGUGGAGGCCGAUGUAGCCCAGGUUAGGAACUCAGCUACGGAAGCCCUCCUGUGGCUGAAGAGAGGUCUCAAAUUUUUGAAAGGAUUUUUGACCGAAGUGAAAAAUGGAGAAAAGGACAUCCAGACAGCCCUGAAUAAUGCAUAUGGUAAAACUUUACGGCAGCACCAUGGCUGGGUGGUUCGAGGAGUUUUUGCGAGAGGGCAGAGUUUAAUCCUGAAAUAUUGAUGAUCCAAGAGACAUUGCCAACAAGAAUGAAGCUAUAGCAGAAAAUUUAUCAUGAGCAUGUCUUUGAGAGGACAUUUUAACUUACAGCAUUUUUCUAAGUAAUUUAGAUUAUUUAGUAAUUUAGUAAUUAAUUUAGUAAUUUAGAUUCAUUGUAAACAUAAAAUGUAUAGAAAAAUAGAAAGGGUAAAACUUAAACUGUCCACAGUCUCACCAUUUUAUAAUAACCAUCUUCAACAUUUUUGUGUUUUAUCUUCUUAGCUCUUAUUUUGAUAUAUUUAACAUAUUCUUUUCAAUGUUCUAUUUAUUGUGUAUAUUUAUAUAAAUAUCUAUUAAUAGAUAUUUCUAUUUUAUGUUUAUUUUAUGUGUAUAAUUAUCUUAAUUUUGUAUACUUACUCUGUAUAUGCAUAUAAAUUUUUUGACACUUAGCUGGUUUUGUAUUGUUUUUCUCCACUCUUUAAGUUUUUAUAUUUUCUAGUUGUAUUGAGGAAUAAUUGACAUACGUUACUGUAUGUUUAAGGCACACAGCAAGAUGGUUUGAUUUAAAUGUAUUAUAAAAUGAUUACCACAAUAGGUUCAGCUAAAUCCAUCUUCUCAUAUAAAUACAAUAAAAAGAAAAGAAAGGAAAAAGGAAAAAUUUUUCUCCUUGUGAUGUGAUUUCUUAGAAUUUACUCUUUAACACGUUUGCUGUAUAUCCAACAGCAGUAUUAGCUGUAGCCAUCCCCACUUAUUUUUAGGGAUUGCAUAAUAUUUCCCCCCAGAAUAGAGGUAAUGUAAUUUAUUUGUCCAAACCUUUGUGUUGGAAAUUUCAGUUGCUUCUAAGUUUGUUUUUACAGAUGAAACGGCAUCUGUUUUUAUGCAUUUUUUACUAAAACAGUUAUUUCCUCAAAAUAGGUUCCUAGAAGUAUUCCGUAGUAUUCCUAGAAGUAUUCCUAGAAGAUAUUCCAUAGAAUAUCUGUGUCUAACGCAAAGAACUAAAACCCCAACUUAGAGCACUUACAGUGCACUGGAUGUUGUUUUAAGUGCUUUACUUACGUAAAGUUAUUAAUCUCAUAACUCUGAAGUAGGUUCUCCUAUUUUCCCUGCUUAUAAACGAAACCUGAAACACAUGGAUGUCAGGUAAUAACACCCAAAGUUAUAGGAAAAGAGCAUCUUGAAGACUCUUGAUGCUACUGCCAAUAGUUUUUAAAUUUUCUGAUUUUUAAGAAAAUAGAUUCUGUUGAGCAUUUGGUAACAGCAUUAUUAAUAGAGGAACUUCCUCUCAGUCUGUCUCCUAUUAUUCUCCAAGUCAUCCCUACUUUGGGAAGUUUAUUGAGUUUUCUGAUGUCCUGAUUAAAAUCAUCAGGGGAAGAUCUAACUAAUCUUGGUUGCUCAGGGAAAUAUCUUUUACACUCACAGAAUCUGACUGACUUAACAGCCAAAUAUUGGACGUUCAUCUUUGAACAGUUAUGGUCUGUAGAACUGACGUCUGGUCUAGGCUCUGUCCCUUUCUGUGGCUCUCUUUUUUGGCUUCCUUUUCAGCUGAGUUCUGUCAUUGUUUCCCAAAUAAACUCAGCUGCAUCGUUGUUCCCUAGGAGCCUUUGAGAAAUGCAUUGUUGUGGACUCCACUCUGGAGAAACUUUAAACAUUUUUUAUUUUAUGUAAAUACACGAAUGUAGUUUUAUUUUGCUUUUUAUUACAGAGACCAAAAAGGUUAUAACAAAAAACGACAGUUUGUUCCAUACUUCCCAGACUCACUAAAAGAGGCUGCAACUUUCAAAUGCUUUGGCUAUUUCUUCCAAUACCUCUGUAAUUCUAAAACUAUUUACUCUUCUUUGUGGCCCUAUCAAUUUUAAUUAAUGUUGAUUUCUGUUAUGGAUUAGAGUUUAGCUAUCUCAGACCUUACUGUCACUACCUCCCCUUUCCCUGUAUAAUUAAUUAUAUCACAAGUCAACAUGAUGGUGAUGAGCCAGAAUUCUAUGACUUUUUUUGUUCUUUCUUAAAUGACUUUUAUGUUUUUCCCUGUACCAUGAACUCUCUCAUAUCACCAUCAUUUUGAACUCACAAAAUGAUCGAUUAUUAUUGGAUUAUUAUGGAUUAUUAUUGGAUUAUCUAUAUUUUUUCCAGAACUUUCUAAACUCUUAUUCCAGUCUGAUUUGUUGUACUGCUGUUGUCCUAGAACUUUUGUUCUCAAAUUUCCCUAUACUGAGUCCCCACCUCACCUUAAUUUUAUUUCCCAAAUCCUGUGACUUCCUAUUUAUUGGUCUAAUCCCCCUUUUUUUUUUUUAUGAUAUCCAAACUCUAUUAGCUUCCUAAAAAAAAGAGUGCAAGGGAACUAAAUUUUUGAGUUCUUACAUGCCUGAAAUUGUCUUUAUUCUGCCCCCAUUUCCUAGAGUGUUGCUUUGGCUGGUGUAGAAUUCUGAAGUGAAAGUUGCUCAGUCGUGUCCAACUCUUUGCGACCUCAUGGACUGUAGCCCACCAGGCUCCUCUGUCCAUGGGAUUCUCUAGGCAGGAAUACUGGAGUGGGUAGCCAUUCCCUUCUCCAGGGGAUCUUCCCAACCCAGGAAUUGAACCCGUGUCUCCCGCAUUGCAGGCAGAUUCUUUACCAUGAACCACCAGAAUUCUAGGUUAAUAGUGAUUUUCUCUCAGAACUUUGAAGGCGGUCCUCUGAUGUUCUCCAGCUUCCAGUGUUACUACUCUAAAACCUGUAAAAUCUAAUGUAUAUGAACCGCUCCUCACCUCCUCCUAGAUGCUUUUAGGAUCUAUUCUUUAUCCCCACAUUCUAAAAUUCCACCAUGUUCGCCUUUUGGUCUUCAUCAUUCAUUUUGCUAAGCAUUUGACUAGGUCUUUAAAUCUGGAGACUCAUAUCCUUCUGUUCUGGGAGAUUUUCUCUCAUGAUAUUUUUGGACAGUUGCUUUUCCUCCGUCCUCUGCUCUCCCAUAUACCCCUACCAUUAUUUGAGUGUUUAUGAUGUGCGAGGUAGUGGAGUAAACACAUCCUGCAUGUCCCAUUAAUCCCUCAAAUAAGGAAAGUGCUACCAGUCAUCUGCAGACGAGGAGACUGAGGUUCUAAUUUAGUCCCCUUGCUUAAAUUCCUCAAGCUAACCUGUAAAAGAUUUGGGAUUCAAGUCCAAGUCUCCUCACCUAGUGGCUGUGCUGUAACCACCGCAUAAUGCCAGUCACUCUCCAGUUGCAGAAAGGGAGAGGGUUGAUUCUCAAAGGCUUUCAACAUAAGGAAGCUCAAGAAAGCAACUGCAAGAUUUUUUACAAUCUAUUGAAGAUUUAAAAAGCCUCCGGAGAGCUCUGUAGAGCCAAACCGGUAGAUGCCAGAGAACAGAUUUCAGUACGCUUAGGGAACAGUUGGCCUGCAGAGGGAGGGGAGCUGUAAGGAGCUUAGGAAAUCUUUCCUCAGGGAAGCAGUGUGGUUGGUGGUGUGGUUGAAAAAGUAGAGAGAUGAUCUUAAGUUCAGAUCCUGGCCCUGGCACUUAUUAGCUGUGUGAUUUCCAUAUGUAAAAUAGGGAUAUAGAUUGUACAGGGUUCUUACAAAGAUUAGCUGGGAUAAAAUAUGUUAAAGCACCAGCAUGCAAGCAAACCAUAAAUGUUAGCCCCCUUCAUUUUUAGAAAAUAUUCAUGAAUACAAAGGAAAUCUCUACAUAAGGGUGAAUGGGACAUAGGUAAAGAAAGUAUGUGGAGAUGAGAUAUAAACAGGAUGGUGAGCUGCUGCCAGGCUGGCCAUGUGCCAACAGAGACUGUGCAAGUAGCAUGCGUGCAAGUCAUCCUGAGCACUCCACGGGAAGAGUCUGGAUCACUGUGAAUGAGAAAGUUUGAGCUUUUCUCAAACUGUUCUCCUCUCACCAUUCCCUGACUCGAUGGGAUCAUUCAUCCUCAGGAUAGCCCAAGACUUGAUGGGAUCAUUCAUCCUCAGGAUAGCCCAAGCCCACGUGCUUCUUCAAGCAUUAAAGUGAUUUGGUUCUUGAAACAUAUUGAAGAGUCCAUGAGCUGAAGGAAUGUGUGCCUGUUUUUUCACUCUUGCUCGCCUUAGCUCUGUGUCUCUGUGUGACUGUGUGUGCACGCAUGUGCUUGUGCAUGAGUAUAAUGCACAAGAGAGCAUGUCAUGGUGCAGCUUUU